UUUCACUGACAGCCCCGUACAUGAAUGGUUGUCUAUUAACUUGUUCAAAAAGUAUCAGGAGUUGUCAAGGCUCUGGCGGAGAGGCAGACGUGGUUUGUUGAUUCUUUAAAGACUAAGAAAGAAGUUUGUGGUCACAACAGGACCAACUGGCUGAAGGAAGUGAUACGUUUUCUACUUCAGUAAAGUUACUGAAACCGGCAAGGUACCUACAGAAAACCUCUGGAUUGGACUUUCUUUCGCACUGGUGAGGCAAGCGUCAGAAAACCGUUUUAAUGUAUAACAUGAUGGAAACCGAACUCAAACCUCCGGCACCCCAAUCAACUGGGGGUACGGGGAAUACUAACUCUUCUGGAAACAACCAGAAAAACAGUCCGGACCGAGUUAAAAGACCCAUGAAUGCCUUCAUGGUGUGGUCUAGGGGACAGCGAAGAAAGAUGGCGCAGGAAAACCCCAAAAUGCACAAUUCGGAAAUAAGCAAAAGACUCGGGGCCGAAUGGAAACUUCUUUCCGAGAGCGAGAAGCGACCUUUUAUUGACGAAGCCAAGCGUCUCCGUGCUCUUCACAUGAAGGAACAUCCGGAUUAUAAAUACAGACCCAGGCGGAAAACCAAGACCCUGAUGAAGAAGGACAAGUACACUCUUCCAGGUGGGCUUCUUGCACCGGGCGGUAAUGGCAUGGGCUCUGGGGUGGGUGUAGGGGCUGGCCUGGGCGCCGGGGUUAACCAGAGGAUGGACAGUUAUGCACAUAUGAACGGAUGGACAAACGGAGGCUAUGGUAUGAUGCAGGAACAGCUUGGCUACCCGCAGCACCCCGGACUGAACGCGCACAACACAGCACAGAUGCAGCCCAUGCACCGUUAUGAUAUGAGCGCGCUUCAGUACAAUUCUAUGACAAGUUCGCAGACAUACAUGAACGGGUCGCCCACAUAUAGCAUGUCCUACUCGCAGCAGACCACCCCUGGAAUGACUCUCGGCUCGAUGGGUUCGGUGGUCAAGUCCGAGUCCAGUUCGAGUCCACCGGUUGUCACCUCUUCCUCACAUCCAAGGGCUGCCCCAUGCCAAACUGGGGACUUACGGGACAUGAUUAGUAUGUACCUCCCGGGCGCAGAAGUUCCUGAGCAAACUGCUCAAAGCAGACUUCACAUGUCCCAACAUUAUCAGAGCGCACCUGUACCCGGCACAACGAUUAAUGGCACGCUCCCAUUAUCACAUAUGUAAAUGAACUUUUAUAUCAGAAAACUGGACUACUCUGGACUUAUUUUUGUACAGAAUUUUUUUGGGGGAGGGAAAGUUGUAUAGAACUCAAGGAAAGAACACGAAACUUUUUUUCUUUCUAUUUAAAGAAAAGCUCUAGAGGAACGGUAGGAUCUACACAAAAGUUUUUUUUUCAGGUGUAUGAGAUUUUGAAAGUAGAAAAGGGGAGUCAAUCAAAUGUUUUAUUAUUGCAAUCAUGUUUUGUACAGUAUUUAUCAAAGAAACAUAACAAUCAGAUGUAAUGUUUGUAAACUACAAGAAGUUAAAUUUUUAUGAACGUCAAUUCCUCUUAAUGAAUGAAUGGAUAAAUAAAUAAUAGGGCCAGGAUUGACACGGAGUUCAGGAUACUCCAAACUCACUCUGCAAAUACUGGAGGGACAGAAAAUAUGUAAAAGCAGGUAAAUGUUUCUCCUUGAAGGUAAAUAGUACUAAACCAUUUUAAUUUAGUUCAAAUGAGAGUAAAGGAAAAACAAGCUUUCUCACAGGUUAAAACAUUAUUGUUAAUUUAUAUUUUGUCUCCCACUCUCCAUCUGUUAGAGAUAUGAAGUUUUCUGUUCAUUGUUUUUCCUCAUGGUUUGUAAAUUUUCUGUAUAUUUACUGUGACAUUUUAAGUUUUGUUUUAAAUCUUCAUUUCCGUAGUUGUAUUUUAAAAUGUGGCCUGUCCGCAGUUGCCAACACUCCAUGUAUAUAUUUGAACUAAUAACAUCAUUAUAACAGUUACAGCUGAGUUUUUUUUCAAUAUGCAGUUUGAAAUGAAUAAAUUUUUGAAAUUUGGAUAUUUGAAAUUGUU